AUGGAAAACACAAAUGAAUACCUAUUUAACUAUAGAGGCUAUAAUUUUGAACGUGCUUUAAUUGACAUUGAGUUCCUUAAAAAUAUAGAGGAUUUUGAAAUUAGAGAUGAUGAUGUUUUCAUAAUUACAUAUCCAAAAUCUGGUACCAUAUGGACUCAGCAGAUACUCAGCUUGAUUUUUUAUGAGGAGCAUCGCAAUGGGACUGAAAACAUAAAAACAAUUGAUAGAGUCCCUUUCCUUGAAUACAAUAUUCAUCAUUUGGAAUAUGCCCAAAGACCAUCACCUCGUCUCUUCUCUUCCCACAUUCCGUAUUACUUAGCACCGAGAGGUUUGAAGAGCAAAAAAGCUAAAAUGCUUUAUAUCUACAGAAAUCCUAAAGAUGUUUUGGUCUCAUUUUUUCAUUUUUCAAAUUUGGUGUCACUAUUAGAAGCUUCAGAUACCAUAGAACAUUAUAUGGAAACCUUUCUAGAUGGAAAAGUGGUAGGAAGCCGGUGGUUUGAUCAUAUUAAAGGCUGGUAUGAACACAGACAUGACUUCAAUAUUCUAUUCCUGAGUUAUGAAGAAAUGAAGAAGGACCUCAGAAAUUCAGUGCUGAAACUCAGCAAAUUUUUUGAUAAAGAACUUAGUGAAGAAGAUGUGGAUGCUGUCGUGAUACAGGCUUCAUUUGAGAAAAUGAAGUCUGAUGCACGAGCAAAUUAUGAUGUCAUUUUAAGUGAUGAAAUUGGGACAAGAAACAGCGAUGGACGUUUUUUGCGCAAAGGCACUGUUGGCGACUGGAAAAAUCAUUUCACUGUGGAGCAGAGUGAAAGAUUUGACAGGAUAUUCCACAAGAACAUGAAGGACUUUCCCUUGAAGUUCAUCUGGGACUUAAAUGAGGAGUAGAAUUGUAGUCACAUUGUUGGAAAAAAAAAAGCAGCCAUGAAAAUGAUCAUUUUUAAUUAUUUUUACAAAGCUAUCUUAAUAAGCAAAAUCAGCAACCUAUUAGAUUAUUUGCCAUGAAAUUAUUGAAUGCUUUGAAAUUUCAAAACCUGAUCUUAUUUGGGAGACAAGCAGCAUCAGAACCUUGAACAAAAAUGACCCAACAUAAAGCAUAGAACUUGACUUCAGAUGUCUUCAGAGAGCAUUAUUUAGUGUAUGGAUUUUCUGUAUCUGUAAUUGAAUUUAGGAUCAACUAAACAUUAAAAAAUCCUUUAACUUUGAUAAUUAAACUUUAAUUCUUUGAAUUAAUAUGGAGAUUACAGUGUGGUAG